CCCCAACUCUGGUGACACAGCUCUUCCUCGGGAUCGCAGCCACCCCGUUUUACACGUACUUGUUUUAAAAUUAGGGAGCGGGGGAAAAAUAGUGUUCUGGAGGUGGCACUUUCGUAAUUUCCAGUUUAUCAGUUCAGACACUCGUUUGGCCCGUUUUUAUUGGGAAUUUUAACUACCUGUAAAAUCUAAAGAUGGCUGUUAGCGUCACACCGAUCCGGGACACAAAAUGGCUAACGCUGGAAGUGUGUAGGGAGUUCCAAAGGGGGACUUGCUCACGACCAGACACGGAAUGUAAAUUUGCACACCCAUCGAAAAGCUGCCAAGUUGAAAACGGACGCGUAAUCGCCUGCUUUGACUCAUUGAAAGGUCGAUGCUCAAGGGAAAACUGCAAAUAUCUUCACCCACCACCACACUUAAAAACACAGCUGGAGAUCAAUGGCCGCAAUAACCUGAUCCAGCAGAAGAACAUGGCCAUGCUGGCCCAGCAGAUGCAGCUGGCCAAUGCCAUGAUGCCUGGAGCCCCACUGCAGCCCGUGCCCAUGUUCUCCGUCGCUCCCAGCUUAGCCACCAACGCCUCAGCCGCCUUCAACCCCUACCUGGGCCCCGUGUCCCCAGGCCUGGUCCCUGCUGAGAUCCUGCCCACGGCCCCCAUGCUGGUGACAGGCAACCCCGGCGUGCCCGUCCCUGCCGCCGCCGCCGCCGCCGCCCAGAAGCUGAUGAGGACGGACAGGCUGGAGGUGUGUCGAGAGUACCAGCGUGGGAACUGCAACAGGGGAGAGAACGACUGCCGGUUCGCUCACCCCGCCGACAGCGCCAUGAUCGACACCAACGACAACACCGUCACCGUCUGCAUGGAUUACAUCAAGGGGAGGUGCUCCCGGGAAAAGUGCAAAUAUUUCCACCCUCCUGCACACCUGCAAGCCAAGAUCAAGGCUGCCCAGUACCAGGUUAACCAAGCUGCAGCUGCCCAAGCAGCAGCGACUGCAGCUGCCAUGACUCAGUCGGCUGUCAAAUCACUGAAGCGACCCCUCGAGGCAACCUUUGACCUGGGAAUUCCUCAAGCUGUACUUCCCCCCUUACCAAAGAGGCCUGCGCUUGAAAAAACCAAUGGUGCCACCGCAGUCUUUAACACUGGUAUCUUCCAAUACCAGCAAGCUCUUGCCAACAUGCAGUUACAGCAGCAUACAGCCUUUCUCCCACCAGGCUCAAUAUUGUGCAUGACACCCGCUACAAGUGUUGUUCCCAUGGUGCACGGUGCUACGCCAGCCACUGUGUCUGCAGCAACAACAUCUGCCACAAGUGUUCCCUUCGCUGCAACAGCCACAGCCAACCAGAUACCCAUAAUAUCUGCCGAACAUCUGACUAGCCACAAGUAUGUUACACAGAUGUAGACAUUUGGUCAUCAAACAAUGGAACCGAGGCGAAGAGGCCGGAUUUGGGUGGGAAGAGGCCGAGCUCAUUAGCCAUAGUGUAUGUAAAUACUGUCCAGCAGCACUGGGAACCCCUCAGCAGUGACAUCACACAUUGCAUGUUAACGAGACGAAGCGAGACCGUGGGACUCCACUGCACACUGUUGCCUAUCUACUUUGUACAUUGAAUUGAUAUUUGUGCUGAGGUGAUCUUACUGUCUAAGCCUGCAGCAUCGUCUGCCUUUCCUGAGGGGCAGCAGGGGCUGCUCCCCCACCACGGGCGUCACCCGAAAGACCGACGAUGCUGUAACCACAGAUCUAUUAUGUAUUGGUACGUCUGUAGACCAAGAUAUAAUUUUUUAAAGUAAGUUUAUUUCUUUCAAGGUUUACAAAUAACAAAGGUGCACCUUGUAUUUAAAAUUGCCAUUAUAGACGAGAGCGUGCAUGCACAGUAAUUUUUGUUUAAGAGUAAUAUUUUUAAUGUAAUAGAUUGUAAGAAAUGAGAAGAGAGGAAUCUGACAGAGAUGAAUGUGCCAAGCAAAACCACAACUGUGUAUAUUUUAAAGCACAUCAAUGGCUUUAAGUACCACGUUGUUAAGGAUUCUCAUGAAGUGCCAUAGACUGUACAUCCAUCAGAGUAUUAUUUCUGCAGUGUUAUUUUCAGAACCACGUUUUCACUGACUUGAUGAGUACUGAUCAGUCAAAGGGCACCGUUCUGUUUCAAACCAAAGCUGUCUCAGAAAUGGCCAAUUGCUCCUCACAGCCAGUGGGCAGCACCAGAGGGAUGCUCCAGCUGUGCAUAACCCCUACGGACAAUGUUAUCUCGAAACUCUCCCCAGGCGGUGGAUGUCAUAUUUAUGCAUAUUUACUGUAUGAGGUGAGCUGCAAAAGGGAAAAGCCAUUUCUGAGACACAGUCACAAACGUUGGAGGAACUUCUUUUGCUCUAUUUAUAGCCUCUGUCGCCAGUCACAAGGACUAUAAAUGUUUUGCAGAGAUGGGUUUCACUUUAAUUCAUCAAGUCCCGCGUCCGCGGCGACUCUAAACAAAGACAGAAGCACUGACAGCAGAUGCAUGACAAACCAAAAUAGGACAAAUGAGAUGUUAAUUAGUGUAGAAAUUGGGUGGGUUAAUACUCGGGUGAGUUUUAUAUGUGAUUUUUUUUUUGUUCAGAUUAACUGCUUAUAGCCUUAGAAAGCCUUUACAAAAUAAAAACAAACAAAUAGAUGUGCAUUCAAGUUUUAAGAUGGAUUCAUCCAAAGGAAUUCCUUUUUGUGGUUUGGAUGUUGCAGCCAGUAAAGGAUAUUUUUGCUCUGUUCAGCCAGGGGCUGCCUGGGCCAGGCCCGGGUGGGCAGGAGGGAGGGGCGCGGGUUCGGCUCUGGAGCUCGCCCCGCUCCGGGUCACUGCGGGUGUUUGUGCUUGGGAGAGAUGCUUUAGGGAUAAGAAUGAUGUGUUGAUUUUCCUGAUUGUACUGUACAUCUAUUAAAGCCUUAGAUUAUUACAUUACGGGUUAAAACCCAUACCAAUGUAAUUUCAAUCGUGUUAAGAAAGUAUAGGUGACUUCACAUGUUAUUGUAGUGACUUACCAUAGAGAAUUUACUUAUUUUUUUCUUGUUAAAAGUGUAGUUUUUAUUUCUUACAUUUAUUAGCUCGUUUUCAUUUUCUAUUACCAGUUGAUACCAUUUCAGUUCAUAGAAUUUUGUUUUACUAGAGUUUACUGAUGACUUUUUCAAAAUACAAAAAAAAAAAAAAGUAGUUUUCUUCAUAACAUACUCAGUUUGGAAUCUACAUGUAGUGUCUUAUGAGUAUUCGUAUUAUUGUUAACUAAAUGAUUUCUAUUUUACUGAUCUAAUAUGACAAUGUAAGAAUGUCAGUCAUUGUUAGUUCUUGUCUAGUUUUCAUUAAAAGAACAAAGAUCUUUUAUAUGGAUAUCUUAUAAUUAUAUAAUCAUUGCUAAGUAAGAAGUUAAGUUGUUGCUAUGGCAACAAUCCUGGCAGACAAUUGAGUAAUAUUUUGAUGAUUUAUUUUGUUUGUAAUUAGUUAUUAUGAGAAAAAAAAAAUCUAGUUCCUAGAUAUUAGAAUAAAAUUUAUUUUCUACUGUAUCCAUUUCAAAUGUUAAAAUAUUGUUUAAAUAUUUUUUGAAAUCCCUGAAUAUCAGGCCUUGUUAUAAAUAAGCUGCAUAAUCAAUAGAUCAAGGGACUUUUUGUUGAUAAUCCAAAUACUCAAAGUUUACGUAACAAGAAUUCUAGUGUGUGUGUGCAAACUCUUGAGGGUUGAUUAUGCUGCAGUUGGGACGUCGAGAGCGAAGGUUGACUUUUUGCACUUCUGUAUAUAGUCAAAAAAGAGAGAAACCUGUAUAAUAGUAAGAUCUUAUUUUGAAUAAAAAUGUCUAUAAUUACAAGGAGUUUUGUUAAGGCUAAAUAAAAUGACAGGCUGAACAAAAUUGCUUGCAAAAGUGGCACAGAGUUAGCACUCCAUCCCCCUUCCAAAAAGUUGCUUUGCUUUAUGUGGACAGCUUGUAGUUUGCCAGGAUUUUUUCAGCUGGAAAGAUCUGCCAUCCUUCCGAGAUCUCAUGACUGACAGAAGCUCCACUGGGUCAAAUCUGCCUGAAAAAUCAUUAAGGAAAAAAAAAAAGGAAAAAAUGAAGAAAAAAAAAAAAAAAAAAAAAAAAAGCAGGUACUUCAGCCCAUCCAGGGAAUCAUGGCUCAGAUAUUCCGUACAUUAUUCAAAAUCUACUGCAUGUUUAAAGUAUCAAAAUAUAUUAAAGAUAUAUGCUAUUCAAACCA